AUGGUUCUACAAACUGGCCUAGAGGGAACCCAUGUCAUCGUUACAGGGGGUAGCCGAGGAAUAGGCAAAAGUAUUGUCGAGGCAUUCUUGUCUGAGGGUGCAAACGUUUCAUAUUGCGCUCGAAAUGUGACAGGUGAUGAGUUCGCCACUUUCUCGUCCGCACACAAUGCCCGUGCUGUGGGUACGUCAGUCAAUGUGGGAGACAAGGCAGCCCUCCAAGCCUGGGUGAACAAGUCGGGCGAAUCCUUUGGACGCAUCGAUACAAUUAUUGCAAACGGUAGAGCUCACUCGAUAUCGACCCUUUCAUCACCUAAAGAUACGCUAACUCUACAUGAACCAGCAUCAUUGCAGCUCUUUGAUAGCUCAUCAGAGAGCUGGCUCACAUCUUACAAUGUCGACGUUAUGGGAUUCGUCACCUUGGCCCAAGCUGCUGAGCCUUUUCUGCUGAAAUCUCCCAACGCCUCCAUCGUCGUUAUAUCCAGCUUCUUGGGUCGCGAAUUCUUCCGUAGUCCACCGGCACCAUAUGGCCCCUUCAAGGCUGCGCAGUUGCAACACGUGCAGGAACUGUCUCACUAUCUUGGGCCCAAGGGUAUCCGCACCAAUGCUAUCUCGCCCGGUCCCAUUAUAUUUCCGGGAGGGAACUGGGAGACCUACCAGAAAGAAAGUCCAGAGUGGGUAGAAGAAACACGGCUCAAGGUCCCUUUACGACGGUUAGGGUCCCCAGAGGAAAUAGCAAACGCGGCAGUCUGGUUGGCAAGCUGUCUUAGUAGCUAUGUUUCUGGUACCAACAUGCUGGUAGAUGGAGGGAUUCAUGUCGGCACACAUUUCUAA